AUGCAGAAUUCAACGCGGUCAACACAAUGGAACAAUAGAAAAUCACCUAAUUGGAAGGUAAACGAGGACGUUGCACUAUGCGAAUCCUGGAUAAGAGUUUCAGAGGAUCCAAUUGUGGGUAAUGGACAGGCUCAUGAUGCAUUCUGGUUGAGUAUCUGGAAUGAAUUUAAAGAGCGAGUUCCAGGGACAGAGCGUGCACAACGUGCAUGUGAAAAUAGGUGGUCUUUGAUACAAGCAGAUGUGUCAAAGUGGAGGGCUAUUGUGCGGAGGGUUCAAAGAAACAGGUUCAGUGGAACUAACCCAAAUGACGAGUGGGGUGCAUGCUUUAUAGUUUUCAAGAAAGACCAUGGGAAGGAGUUCAAAUUCAUACAUUGUUGGGAGGUACUUCGAUUUUGCAGAAAAUGGCAGCUUUCCACAGAUGAAAAAGAUGCUAGAGAUGCAAGUAAAGUAGGCAAAUCUGGUGGAGUUGGUACCAGCCGAUCAAAGAACACAAUUCCACCAUGGCAUGUGCCAUCAUUCACAAAUUCUGAAUCAUCUAGUCCAGGACUUCAUAGCUUCGACGACUCUUGUAAUGAUCAUGAGAUUGACAUACCUUUAACAAGAACUCCAACCUCUGGACUCAACGACAAUGUAGCACAAAACAAUCCUCCACUUACUGUACUUCCCAACCCACCUGUACAACGACCUUUAGGCAGGAAAUCAGCCAAGGAAAAACGUCAACGAACAAUUGCAGGUAAUUCCCAAACUUCUUCAGCGGCAAGUGAGAAAUUGCAUGCUACUGUUUCGGCAUGGAGACAAAGCUCGGAGAUGCGUUUUGAGUCCUUAAAGCAAACAGCUGAAGAACAGGCAUUUCAUGCCAUUAAAAUUGCAAGGCUUGAUGUUAUCCAAAGGAGCAUCAAGAUAACGAAAGAUCUUGCAGAUGCUGAAAGAGAGUUGUCCCAGCUGGAUCCUAAUCUGAGUCAGGAGGAGCUCGUCGCUAUGCGUCUUGAGAGAAUGAGGGAGUUGAAGGCGCUUGAUAAGGAGCAUAAGGAAAUUCGAGCACUCGAAUUUUCACCUGGUGGAAGUGGUGCUAGGCGCCUGAACAAGGACGUAUUGCUUAAUGCCUUUGGUACUGCAUCUGUCUCAUUAUGUGAGUUAAUGACUUUGGUGGUCUCUCUCUACUUUGAUGAUGGAAGAACGGAUCAACAAAUCCGUUCAUUGAAUUGUGUCGUUUAA